ACUGAUGGUGGGUUGUCAGGUCAGCGUCAGUCGUGGUUCGCGGGUCAGCAGCCUGCAUCGCGGUUUUCAGAGACGCCCAGCCGUACGCCGCCGAUCAAUGCCGCCAACCACCGCGUUCCACCUCACUUCAUCAACGACGCGCGCUCCCCGAACAAACAGACCCUCUUGCCCUUUGUCCCCAGCCGUCCGAAUGACACCUAUCUUGAUCGAGAAAUCUCUGCUACUCUGACCAUCGCUCGAGAUCCUUCUUUUGAACUCUUCCUAUUCGGCACCUUACAAUUUAACGUGCGCAACAAAUCGGGACCUGCUGGCCUUUCAUCGCCCGCAGCAGGUUUAGCACCUCGCUCACCGUCAGCCAAUACCCUACCUAACCCUUCCUCACCCAAAAACGGUGACUUCCAAACCCACAUUCGACCCCUGCUGCUUGACAUACAACGAAUGUACGAAAACGUGGCGGCCAACCACUCCUUUUGUAUCGACUCGCUCACUCGAUCUUUCGAUCGUGCAGACGUGCAAAUCGCUGGCUUCACCAAGUCCUUUGUCAUUGAGCUCACCCAACAAAUCCUUAGUAACGAUCCGGCCAUCACUGUAGAGCGCAAGGAACAGGCCAUUCGUCGAGCCAUGAGUCGUGCGGAUCUUAGUUUUCUCAUCCGAUCACCUUUCCCAUAA